CAUGUUCGGUCGUCACGUCGGUGCACACGUCAUUAGCUCAUAACAUCAGUUAUAUUUUAUUAUUGCCAACAUUUAGUUAUUUUACAAAGCUGUCGCCGUUGUAUAAGAAAGUUUAAAAAAAAAAAGACGUUAGGAAGCAAAAAAAGAGUCGACCGCCACAACCGAAAUGAUGAUGCUGCAGAACCCUCUGUUCCAGGAGUACAACACGGCCCUGUCGCAGCUGAUAGAACUGCAUCAACAGCAAAGACACCGGUUCCAGCAGCGACAACAGCACGUACUGCAACAGCAGCAGCGCGGCGCCUUCCAGGCUUAUGGUUGUGUAGAAGGAACGAGGAGCGCCAGUCACGGUAGCGCAGAGUCCGACGGUGGCUUGAGCUCUUCGUCGCCGAGGCCUUGCAAGCCGUUCACCAUCGAUGCCAUACUGGGGCUGCAAGGUGCCCCCGAUCAAUCCUGCCCCCCUGUGGGGAUCACAGCGGCCACCGCGCUGGACUUCUCCACCGGCGGAGCGGCCUCGGCUAUCGCACAUACCAAAAAGUCCAAAGAAGACAAAAUCGAUGGAUCUCUCAAGAAACACGGUUGUUCGGGUAAGUCGAAAAGAGUGCGGACCAUUUUUACCCCGGAACAAUUAGAAAGGCUUGAAAUGGAAUUCGAACGGCAGCAGUACAUGGUGGGACCCGAAAGGCUAUACUUAGCGCACACUCUACAGCUCACCGAAGCACAGGUCAAAGUAUGGUUUCAAAAUCGCCGGAUAAAAUGGAGAAAACAACAUUUGGAAAUCCAACAACAGAGACUGGCCAACAUACACCAGAGAACAACGCAGGAUAACGUUCAGGAAUGCGAAGAAGACGAAGAUUCCGAAACGGACACAAACAACUGUUCCUUUUACACAUAAAAUGCCCAAACAGCAUAUAUCUCUAACUCCCCCCCAAAAAAAAUGAUGAAGCCCAUUUUUCUACUACAUUUUGUAUCUUAUAGUUGUGAACACUAAUUUGUAAAUAGUAAACUACAAUAAUACUUUUUGAGAUUAUGAUAAUAUGUAAUCUACACCCAACGCACAAUAUUAUGUAGAAAUACCUAACUGGUAUGAUAAUUGCUAAUAAUUCAUAAUAGGAUAUCAUGCAAUAAUAUUAUUUAUUUAUUUUAUAUAUACUUAAGUGGAAACCACCAGGAAAACGCAUGAAAUAUACGCGGGUUCGCUGGAGGCUGUUUAUUUUAGGAAAAAAGAGUUUUAGAAACUUAAUUGUCUAUCACUACUAUUAUAAAAUAUAAUAAAUUAUAUAUACUGUGUAUUAUGAUUUAUAGCUAUUAUAUUAUUAUUAUUAUUUUCUAGAAACCUACCAUUUAUUAUCAAC